AUGUCUCAAUUUAGAGCGUUACCGGGCUUCUUUAAGGGCUUUCAGUCCGCUGCGGAGGCUUCCGUUCCUUUCAAUGCUGCUACGGGAUUACAUCUUGAAUUUGCAGCCGCUAAUUCGUGGAACGACUUAUAUUCUACUAUCCCCGACGAUUCGAAAUUAGUGAUUGUGGCGCGGCAUGGACAGGGUUACCACAAUGCCGCAGAACAGCGCUACGGUACUAAAGCAUGGGAUGAUUAUUGGGCCGUUCUAGAUGGCGAUGAGUUCGGCACGUGGGAUGACGCCCUACUAACGCCUACAGGUAUACAACAAGCAAGUAGUGUCGGUGUGAAAAACUUUGUUCCAAUAGUACGUGAACUAGGGAUUCCGGAAGCAUUUUACAGCUCCCCGUUGCGUCGUUGCCUACAAACGUUCGCUCUUGAAUGGACUCCCGUAUAUGAAGCAUUUAAAGAAAAGCUUCCCAAUGUAAUCGAUCUACAAAUCCGUGAAGGUCUUAGAGAGCAUAUGGCUACUCAUACCUGUGACAGGCGUUUAGACCGUUACAAGGUGUCGCCAUUUUUUCAAGAUUUGCCGAUUGCGAAUUCAAAACUUCAUCUUAACUACCUAAACACAGACCCGGAAAAAGAUGAACUGUGGACACCGACUUACGCCGAAUCUACCGAAGAGCUUGACAAACGUGUAGGCAACGCCCUCGAUGGUAUUUUCAGUGAACCCCACAAGUAUAUAUCCAUCACAUGCCAUUCAGGCGUCAUUGCUUCUAUUCUGAGGGUCUUGGACCACCCCAAACUAGUUAGCCUACAAACGGGUGGGCUUGUGUACCUAGUUGUUAGGCGCCGCGUAUGA